AAAAGUACAGGAAUUUUAGUUUGCUGUGCCUACUUUAUAUUUUUUGUUUACUAAAAUAGAAAACCAAAACCAUGUUUUCUUCGAUAAAAGCUGCAGCUAACAUGUCUUUGAGGCCCUACAGCGUUAAUGCCUCUGAUGUUUGCUCCAGACUUAAAGGGAAAGUGGCAAUAGUAACUGCAUCGACAGAUGGCAUAGGCUACGCCAUCGCCCACCGGCUGGGCAAGGAAGGCGCUUCGGUGGUCGUCAGCAGUAGAAAAGAAGACAAUGUGAGGAGUGCGGUGGAGAACUUGAAGAAGGAAGGCAUAGCCGUAGAGGGAGUCGUGUGCCACGUGGGCAACGCGGAGCAGAGGAAACUACUAUUUGAAACAGCCAAAAGCAAGUUUGGAGGUCUUGAUAUCCUGGUCUCAAAUGCAGCAGUCAACCCUUCAGUAUCGCCAAUUUUGGAGACUGAAGAGAAGGCAUGGGAUAAAAUAUUUGAAAUCAACGUAAAAUGCUCAUGGCUGCUGGCUAAAGAGGCUUACCCGCAUCUGUUGCAAAGGGGAGGCGGAAAUAUUGUUUUUGUUUCAUCUAUCGCUGCCUACCAACCAAUGCAGCCUUUAGGCGCAUACAGUGUGAGCAAGACAACGUUACUGGGCCUUACAAGAGCAUUAGCCACUGAAAUAGUUCACGACAACAUCAGAGUGAAUGGUGUCGCCCCUGGCAUCGUGGCUACUAAAUUCGCAUCAGCUAUUACCACUUCAGAGGCUGGUAAGGAGCAAAGUCUAUCGAUUGUCCCAAUGCGGAGGUUCGGAAAACCAUCGGAGAUUGCGGGUACUGUCGCAUUUUUGGUGUCAGAUGAUUCCAGCUACGUCACGGGCGAAACCAUUUCUACAGCUGGGGGUGCUUAUGCACACCUGUGAGAUUAUUAUUCCGAUAAUGUUUUAGCUUUUAAGAAUGUGAUAUGUUAUUAAUUAAUUAUAAUGGGUGAAUGGUAUUUAGGUUUCUGGUAAUCAACCGAAAAUAAAGCAUUUGUUUUCAGCAUC